AUGAGUGAGGAUAUAUUAAGUAAAAGUAAUAUGGGUGAAUUUGGAGAAGUAUAUUUUCAAAUAGAUUUUUUAUAUAGGACUUUGAUCAACAACUUUAUGAAAGAUGUGAACAAUUUUGCUAAAAGUUAAGACGAACAAAUUAAUAGCUCUAUAAGUUUGAAUUGAUAUCAUUUUUAGAUAAUUUUCAAAUAUUGUUAAUUAAAAUACUAAAGUAGCUAAAGAGUAAUUGGGAUAAAUGUUAAGUGAAGAACCAGAAUUAUUAAAAGAAGUAAAUGUUUUAUUGGAAGAUGAUGUUAAAUACAAGACUUAGAAAGAGAGACUAACUGAGUUUAUUAGUAAUGAGACUAACAAAUCAAAAGCUUUGGAAACAAUUUUGAAAUAAAUAUAAAAUGGACAAUUAGAUGGACAUUAAAAUAAAGAUCAUAUAUUAGAAUUAUUUAAUAAUGAACCUUAAUUAUAAUAAUAGUUCUUAUAGAGUUUCAAAAAGAAGCAUGAUCAAAUUCCACCAAAAAAAAAAAUUGAAGAAAAUAGAAAUUAUUUUUAAAAACUACUGGAUAAAAAUGGAGUUGUAGAUAUGGUAACACUUAAAUUUUUUAAAUUAGAAUGAAUUACUUUUUUGGGAUAAAUUUAGAAUGAGAGUUAUCUAAUAAUAUCCUAAUGAACAUUAAUAAUUUAUGAAUGAAUUUAUGAAAAUUAUACAUCUAUAUUCUGAAUGUAUAAUUACAUAAAUGGAAGUGAUGGAAUUAAUUAAUUAAUAAGAAUGGUUAGAAACAGAAUAUAUAGAUGAAAUUAGAUCAAUGUUAUCAACAAGAGUAAUUGCUAGAAGAAUACAAACUCCAUUAUUUAAACCUUUAAAAGAUACAGAUUUUGCUUAAGUUGACAGAGUAACAAGAUCUUAUGUUCGAAUGCCUAUUGGAUAUGCAAAAGCUAAUAAUAAUUCAGAAAUUCUUAAUCAUUCCUGGGUAUCAGUACCAUUUGGUUCUGAAGACCAAUCAUUUUUAAUUAUGAGAAAAAAUACUUUUGAAGAACAGUUAUUUAAAAGUGAAGAUGAAAGAUUUGAAUUUGAUGUCAAUAUUUAAUAAAUAAAAAGAACCAUAAAUUUAUUAUAAGAGAUUAUUGAUAGUAAUAAAGAGGAUCCAAUAUUGAUUGCUAAAGUAAUUGAUAUGAGAAUCUUAUAAUAAUUAUAUCGAAAUUAAACUUAAGAUUAAAAUGAAGUCCUUCAGAUAUUUUAAACUAAACCUGCUGAAAGUGCUAAAAUUCUCAUUAAAAGAGUUAAAUAAAAAUUAAAUGAACUUAUAUCUGCUAGAAAUAACAAAGCUAAAUAAAUUUGGGAAAAUGUAUCCCUAAAUAACUUUCAUCGUUCUCUUGAUCAUAGAUCUUUUUAUUUUAAAAAGAAUGAUAAAUUAGUCAUAAAUGGAUAAAGAUUUGCUAGAGAAAUAGAAGAAUAUGCUAAAAACAUUUUAAUUAAACAUCUUGGAACAAAAGAACAUAUUUUUGUUAAAAGAAAGCAAGAUUAAAUAUAAUACACAUUUGAAAACUCAUUCUUAAAUUCUCUUGCUUAAAUGACUAAUAUAAAACCUAUUUUACCUAAAUAGAUGCCAUUAAUCCCAUCUAAUAAAGACAAUAUAAGAUUUUUUCCUUUGAUUUCUCUAUGGAUGGGAAAUGAAUAAAUUUUAUAAGAAUGUGGUUAAUUUGUUAUUCAUUAUCUCCAAAUUAUGGGAGGCAAUAAUUCUCUUGAUAAAAGAAAUGGAACAUUUUUUAUGAUUAAAUUUAUCAAUCAUUUCUUUUAAGUUCCUAUGAAACCUAUGCAAAUAUCUUAAUUAACAUUAAUAGAUACUAAAUUAAAAAAUGAAAUUUAAGAACUAGAAAUUUAUGAUAUUCAUUAUAAUCCAGAAGAUGCUUCUACAUCUAUUCCAGAAAUAGAAAAUGAAUCCCCUGGAAUAUUUCUAAAUCUAUAACCAAAAGUUAAGUCUACUACAUAUGUCACAUAAAAUCUUUAUAUUCUAUUAAGAUUUUUACAUACCAUAUAUCAAAGAUUAGAAAUGGCUUAUAUCAUAAGUCAAUAAAAUAAGUUAGGAUAAGAUAAGAGAUAUAAUUUAUUUAAAUCUGCUUUAUUCCUUUCAUUAAAGGCCAAAGAUUUUAAAUAUGAAGAUCAUUUAAGAAGUUUAUUCGGAAAACAUGUAUAUUGAUUUUUAAUUAUGUUAGGGUUUUAUAUUUUCAACUUUAGAGAAAGUUUUUCAUGAUGCUGCUAAACAAUUAGCAAUUUGUGCUUCUGAUGUUGUAUCUAUGUCAUUUUUUGAAAAAUCAUAAUCAGUAGAAGGAGACUUUGAUAAAUACUUUUAAGUUGUAUCUAGCAUAGUAAAUGGUGAAGGAAUUAAGGUUUCUGAUUUAGAAUCUUAGGUUUUUUGUAAAUUCUCAUAAUUACAAGAGGAAGAACAAUUAUUGAAAUUGCAUUAAGCAUUUUAUCAUCAUAAACCAGAAAAGAAACCUAUUUAUAGAGUAAAAAAAUGAAUUAUUUAAAUAUAGAUUGCUUGUUGGUAUAGGGCUUGUUUCAUAUCAAUAUUACCUGCAUAUGGUGGAUGCAAUUAAGAGAUAUGUAAAUCUUGUAAAUAACCUUACUUAAUGAGAAAUAUGAAAAGAGGUGAAAGACGAAUGAUGAUUACAAAUAAUAUUGAGUGGAGUGUUGAUGAGUGUAGCCAUUUCAAACCUAUCAUUAAUUAAGGAGAAGAUUAUUUAAAAUGUGUAUGAG